UCCGGGCACUGAGCACCGCCCAGGCCACGCCCCACUUCGGAAGGGGCGGGGUCUCAUGCUCAGCUGUGACGUGGCGAUGGCGGAACUCUACGUGAAACCGGGGAACAAGGAGCGCGGCUGGAACGACCCCCCGCAGUUUUCCUAUGGGCUGCAGAUCCAGUGUGGAGGCCCAAAGCGCCCCCCCCUCACACGCAGGGCCCCUGGCCCCGCUGAUGGAGCCCCCCAAGCCCUUACUCCAGCGAAUUCUGCUCCUCCAGUGGUGCCAGUAGCCUUAGCCUCAAAACCUGUGGGGCCGCCCCCUCUUGCUGUGGUCAACCCUGCUCUGAGGCCGGAUGCUGCAAAGCAGGUUGAGAGCCUGGCUGAGGAGGAGUGCGAGUUGAAGGUAGAAGAUGUCCUAGCCCCUCUGAAUGAGACUCUGAGCAUGUGCAGGAACACUGUGCAGAAACAGGUUUGUGAUGACAUCAGCAGACGCUUCGCUGUGUUUUGGGAGCUGUGGCUCCAGGGAAAGCUGUCUGCCCCCGUGAGGAAGAGGAUGAAUAUCCUGGUGCAAGAGCUCCAGCAGCGGCACUGGGACGUGGCCGAUGAAAUCCAUCGCUCACUCAUGGUGGACCAUGUCAGUGAAGUCAGUCAGUGGAUGGUGGGAAUCAAACGGUUAAUUGCUGAAGCAAGGAACUUGCCUCCUGGAGACUUGGUUGUAAAUGAUGAGCAGGGAGCUGGAGCUCAGCCAGCCGAAGAGGCCCUGUGAGCCAGGUGGUGGAGCUCUUGGCCACUGGGAUUAUUUCUCAUUGCUGUAGUGGGAAAAUAGCAAGACUCCUCCAUCCCCGAAGAGUUUCUGGCUUCUCCCAUGGCUCCCUGUCCUGCCUGUGAGUGUCUGAUUCAGGAUCAGCUCUGCACCAAGGAGAGGCUUUCCUACCACCAACAGAUCUCGGGGCAACUUGCUGCAUAUGAUACUGAAUAAAAUUAUUGAUCUUCCAGUGUCUCAAGCCUCUGUGCGAGCCCAGCACUAGCCCUCAUCUGGAACCUGCUGUGAGCAGCCUUCAGGGGAGAGAGCUGCAGCUGGUGUGGACAUGUGGCAGUCAGUGCUAUUCUUUCCCAGGCCUGUCAGGCAUGGGGAUAGUGGAGGCCUGGGCUGUAAUGACAGGUCAGUCAGAUGCUGGACCUGGAGAUCAGCGCUCAGCCCUUCCCAUGCCCAGAAGAGAAGCUGCAGAUAGAACUGGGUGAUGUUUUUUGGCCCAAGAUUGUUUGAUUUAAAAAAAAUGCAGUUUUUGUCAACCCAAACAAAACAGCUGGUAGAGACAGAUUCUCUCAUCCAGCCCAGUAGUUAGGGCAUCAGCUGGGAUGUGGGAGACUCAGGUUCAAAUCCCUACUCUGGAAAAGACCCCAAAUGGCCACCUUCAAUUCACAGCAAAUUCUGAAGAAUCAGUAUUGGUUCAACCCAAACACAGUGUUUUCGAACCAGGGGUGCACGGACACUUCUGUUUCUCGCCCAGCCCUGGUUGCAGUAAACAUCCCCUGGCGCCAGCCACCUCAGUGCCCAGGGGAGGUGCGGGCAGGCCUGGCCCUGUUUCCCCUUUAGAACAUAAGAACAGCCAUACUGGGUCCACCAAUGUCCAGUAUCCUGUCUUCCGCCAGUGGCCAAUGCCAGGUGCUUCAGGGAGAAUGAACAGAACAGGGCAGUUACCAAGUGAUCCGUUCCCCGUUGUCCACUCCCAGGAUCUGGAGGAUCUGGCAGUCAGAGGUCUACAGACUCUCACACAGGUGUUGCAUCCCUGAUCAUCCUGGCUAACAGCCAUUGAUGGCCCUAUCCUCCAGGAAUUUAGCAGAUUCUUUUUUGAACCCGGUUAUACAUUUGGCCUUCACAGCAUCCCCUGGCAACAAGUGCCACAGGCUGACUGUGUUGUGCGAAGAAAUACUCACUUCUUUAUUUUAA